ACCCGCAGCCAAUGCGGAGCGCCUCAUCAGGGUCACGUGCCGCUGUUUGGCGCUUUUGUGCGCGCCCGGGUCUGUUGGUGCUCAGAGUGUGGCCAGGCGGCUCGGACCGAGCAGGGCUUUCCUUGCCAGUGGAUUGUGUAGAGUGUACAGCCAGUCUCUUGUCUUCUGUUCGACAUGGCAUCUUCUGAUAUUCAGGUGAAAGAGCUGGAGAAGCGUGCUUCAGGCCAGGCUUUUGAGCUGAUUCUCAGCCCUCGGUCAAAAGAAUCUGUCCCCGAUUUUCCCCUUUCCCCCCCAAAGAAGAAGGAUCUUUCCCUGGAGGAAAUUCAGAAGAAAUUAGAAGCUGCAGAAGAAAGACGCAAGUCUCAUGAAGCGGAGGUCUUGAAGCAGCUUGCUGAGAAGCGGGAGCAUGAAAAAGAAGUGCUCCAGAAAGCCAUCGAGGAGAACAACAACUUCAGCAAAAUGGCAGAGGAGAAACUGACCCACAAAAUGGAGGCUAACAAAGAGAACCGGGAGGCGCAAAUGGCUGCCAAGCUGGAGCGUUUGCGAGAGAAGGACAAGCAUGUUGAAGAGGUGCGGAAGAACAAAGAAUCCAAAGACCCCGCGGACGAGACCGAGGCUGACUAAGUUGUUCCGAGAACUGACUUUCUCCCCGACCCCUUCCUAAAUAUCCAAAGACUGUACUGGCCAGUGUCAUUUACUUUUUUCCCUCCUGACAGAUAUUCUAGAAGCUGAUGUAGGACCGUAUAGGUAGAUUCAGACCGUGAGAUGUUUUAGGGGCUCAAGGGGAGAAACUGAAAGUGUUUUACUCUUUUUUAAAGUGUUGGUCUUUCUAACGUAGCUAUUUUUCUCGUUGCAUCUUUUCACUCGGGCACACUUGGUGUGCUGGGUUAAUGGCUAGUACUGUAUUGACUGUGGAAGACGUUUGUGAAGAGUAUGUAGUGGCUUCUUCCAACCCAUUAGAUGCUGAAUAUCUGUUCACUUUGCGAUCCCAAUUCUGUCCCAAUCUCACCAGAUGCUACUGUACUUGAAUGGUUAAUAAACUGCACAGUGCUGUUGGUGGCA